CCAGAUGGUACUCAUUUUCUAUGGCAUGGACGCAGUGCACAGCAGACGCCGCUGGCUGGUAGAGUUCUCUGUCAGUACAUAGUCACGGUCUAGGACAGCGACACACUUGGUUGCGGAGGAAUGUCUCACUCCUUUCGCUGCGAUGACUCUGCGCUGAGUGUUUCAAUAAUGAAAGUGAUCUGUCCAUGUGCUCCUGGCUGCUGCCCAGAAGGGAGGGAUGUCCUCAGCUCUCUCUGACUACUCUUCUCUUCUUCUGUCUCCCAGCUCCUCCCUCUGCCUUGACCCCAAAUCUCACCCUCCAGGCAGCCACAAAGAUCCAGACAGAGGCGGCGUACACAGCAUACUUUUUGCGGGCGGUCUGCACACCAUCUGCAUGGAGAUCAGGCUCCAGGGAUGAAGGGGAUGGCUGGAUAGAUGAGAGCGGAUUGUGGAGCAAAUGACGAGAGAAGAAAAUCAACUCCACAAAUUGGUCCUUUGUUGCAGCUCCUCGGUGGUCCCGCAAACACAAGACUGGUACUGCCAUGGAGACACGACUUCUAUUCCUUCUGUGUGUUCUGGCCUUGGGCAGAGCCGCCGUCAUUCUCAAUGACUGUCAGAUCAUACAGACUUUACACGGAAAGUUACUCUAUGAUAACCGAGUCACAUACAUGCGGGAAUAUUUUCCUAUCGACUACAAGCUUUAUGUAAAGUAUGAAGAGGUUCUCCGAUGUCAGAACAUCACCACAUUGAUCAAUAAAGGGAUCACAGUGAAGGAACUGCGCUAUCUAUGGGGGAUCGUCAAUGAGAAUAUCCUGCAGACAAUACAGAGGGCACUGCCGCUGCGACACCCGACUCGCCCAUACAUCACCGAACUGCAGAAUAUAUUUGAAGCCUUGCUGCGUGACACAAACGAGGAGCAGCAGGUGGAGAGCAACCAGGUCCUGGAAAUUCUGGAACGGCUGCACCAAUCAAAAGAUGAGGUGAAAGCGGUGACCCCGAAGGCUCUGCUGGACAACUGCUACAAAGUCCUGUACGCCCUGUACGAGGAGGAAUGUGCGCUGUGUAACCCCAGGUCAGAUGCGGAGGACACACUUUGCCCUCCUGAAACUCUUCCAGAACUUUUUAGUCAUCAAAGAACACCUUCAUCAUAAUGGCUCUGUGAGCUCCCACCACUGCAUGACCAGGACUGCAUAACCAGGAUUGCAUGGCCAGAAUUGUAUAACCGGGAUUGAAUGACCGAUAUAGCAUGAUCAAGAGUUGCAUCCCAAGGAUUGCGUGACCAGGAUUGCGUCACCAGGAUUGCUUGACCAGGACUGCAUGACCAAGAUUACAUUUCCAGGAUUGCAUGAUCAGGAUUGCGUGAUCAGGAUUACAUGAUCAGGAUUACAUGAUCAGGAUUACAUGAUCAGGACUGCAUGAACAGGACUGCAUGACCAAGAUGGCAUGACCAGGGAUGCAUGAACAGGACUGCAUGACCAGCAUUACAUGUCUGGGAUUGCGUGACCAGGAUUAUAUGACCAAUUUUGCAUGAUCAAGAGUUGUAUUAAAAGGAUUGCAUGGCCAGAAUUGCAUGACCAGAAUUGCAUGACGUUUAGCCAAGGUCCAAUUGCUUGUCCAGCCAACACAAAGAAGGUCCUAGUCUUGCACGCAACUAACAACGCACCAUCCUCUGCUUUGCAAUAAGUGUCAUUAAACAAUUCCGUCCAUUAUAGGAAUGUACGGAUGGGUUCAUGGGAUCUAUAUGUAAAUCUUUGUCUGAUUCAUGUUAAACAUCUGUCUCCCUAAACACCCAAUUUACUGACACAUGCCGUAAAGAAGAGCCGAGACCUUCCAUUGAACAUCAGAAAGAUCUCCCAUUGGAUUUCACUCCUGUCUAACCACAAGAUUUCCAUUUGCAUAUUUUAAUA